CGGCGGCGCGAGUACGUACGACGUGCAGCAAAACGGUCUCAUUCCGCCUGUAUUUGCCGAUGCGGACCGCUAGAAAUGGGACCCCGCAAUCUUUUCUUUCCGCGUUUGCGUGGCCACCGAAGAAGACAGAUCCCUGAACGGGAGAGCAUCUGUUCCCGGCGGGACAUUAUUCUUUAUAUAUCCCCUGCCUGUCUCUGGUUUAGGGGUUGUAGAUUUCGUAUUUCUCAGUUCUCGUUUUUUUUUUCAAAUUUAUAACGGAGACCUUUGAUUUGAGAGAGGAGGUUCGUUUGUGUAAGAGGAAGAGAUAUUCCAGUGGUAGAUACGUACGUAGGUCGAGUGCUGGGACAUUAUGUUUUAUCAACCCGGAAAAGACGACCAUGGGCUACCCUAUGAUCCAUUCAAGGCAUGUGUCAUUCCCCGCCCCAUAGGCUGGAUUUCGACUCUGUCGCCCACGGGCACCGCCAACCUCGCGCCCUACUCUCAGUUCAACAACCUGACCUUCGACCCGCCAUACGUCAUGUUCAGCGCGAACCAAACGACAACGGCCGUGCAAAAAGACACUGUGCGCAACGUCGAGGCAACGGGGAAAUUCGUCUGGAACCUAGCGACGUACGAGCUGCGGGAGCACGUCAAUGUGAGUGCUGUCCAGGAAGCCUACGGCGUGGAUGAAUUCGCAAAAGCAGGGCUGGAAAAAGAGGAUAGCAAGCUGAGUAGUGUGCGGGUGCGACGAGACGGGGGAGAAGGUGGACAAGAGACAACCAUGAAUAUCCCAAUGGUGAAGAAGAGCCCCAUCAAAUUCGAAUGCGAGUACUACACGACGCUACGGCUCCCCGGGAACCCGCCUGUGGGGACGGCCGAUGUCGUGAUUGGGCGCGUUGUCGGCGUGCAUAUCGACGAGCGCGUGUUGACAGAUGGCAAGAUCGACAUCAAGAAGACGGAGCCGAUUGCACGCUGUGGGUACUACGAGUACACGGUUGUGCGGGAUGUGUUUGAGAUGCGGAUUCCGGGUGAGGAUAAAGCGCUGAUGGCGGGGUUGGAGGGCAAUUCCAAGAAGAAUCGGAAGAUGGAUGAGACGGGCGAUGUUGAUGGAUAG